AGCUCCAGCCACACUCCCACAAACGAGGGGGUACAUGAGCCAGAGAACAGUCAGUCAGGCACACAACCCUUCCCGUGGAUUCCCUCUGCUGUCCAGUAAUACGUCCAGGUCGCCAUGCCAACUGUGUGAGAAGCUUUCAGUCUGUCGGUGUGGUGGAACUGGUUGGUUUGCGGUAUUCAGUGGAUGUAUGUAGACGCCUCUCGGUAUGAAAUGCCUGAACUGAAGACGAUGAGGAAUCUGCUGCGCGUGAUUCUUUUAACCGUCGUUUGCUUGAGGCGCGAGGCGCUCUGCGGUUCGCCCAGUGUUCAGAUUGGAGGUUUGUUUCCGCGUGGUGCGGACCAGGAAUACAGUGCGUUCCGGAUCGGAAUGGUCCAGUUUGGAACCCAAGACUUUCGCCUCACUCCUCACAUCGACAACCUGGAGGUGGCCAACAGUUUUGCUGUCACUAACUGCUUUUGUUCCCAGUUCUCCCGCGGUGUGUAUGCCAUCUUUGGUUUUUAUGACAAGAAGAGUGUGAACACCAUAACCUCGUUCUGUGAGACGCUGCAUGUGUCCUUCAUCACACCGUCCUUCCCAGCUGAUGGCCUCAACCAGUUUGUUCUCCAGAUGAGGCCAGACAUCAAAGGCCCUCUGGUUAGCCUGGUGGAGUAUUACAAAUGGGACAAAUUUGCCUAUCUUUACGACAGUGACAGGGGUCUGUCUACCCUGCAGGUGAUCCUCGAUACAGCAGCAGAGAGGAGGUGGGUGGUAACAGCCAUUAACGUGGGGAACCUGAAGGAUGAGAGGAAGGAUGAAGCAUACCGCUCCCUGUUCCAGGACCUGGAGAUACGUAAAGAGAGGAGGAUCAUACUGGACUGUGAACAAGACAAGGUUAAAGAUAUUAUGGACCAGGUCAUCACCAUUGGCCGACAUGUAAAAGGAUAUCAUUACAUCAUCGCUAACCUGGGCUUUAUUGAUGGGGACCUGUCUAAGAUCCAGUAUGGAGGAGCUAACGUCUCAGGGUUCCAGAUUGUUGACUUUGACGAGCCAGUCGUCUCAAAGUUUGAUCAGAGAUGGGAAGCACUGGAGGAGAAGGAAUACCCUGGGGCUGACAACCGGAUCCGGUACACAUCAGCACUGACCUAUGAUGCGGUCCAAGUAAUGACUGAGGCAUUCCGGACCCUAACCAAGCAGCGGAUUGACUUCAGUCGUCGUGGCAACAAUGGGGACUGUCUGGCCAAUCCGGCGGUGCCCUGGGCUCAGGGGGUGGAGAUAGAACGGGCUCUGAAACAGGUGCGUGUCGAUGGGCUAACAGGGAACAUUCAAUUCGAUCAUUAUGGCAAGAGAGUCAACUACUCCGUCAGCGUCAUGGAGCUGAAGAACACCGGACCAGUCAAGAUAGGCUACUGGAACGAAGUGGACAAGAUGGUGGUCACCAAACUGGACAUCUUCCCUAAUGACACUAUGGGAAUGGAGAAUAAGACUGUUAUCGUCACCACCAUCCUGGAAGCCCCAUAUGUUAUGUUAAAGAAGAAUGCAGAGUUGUUCUUGGAUAAUGACCGCUAUGAAGGCUACUGCGUAGACCUGGCUGCUGAGAUCGCUAAGCAUUGUGGGAUACGUUACCAGCUGAGGAUAGUGGGUGAUGGGAAGUAUGGUGCUCGAGAUGCUGAAACCAAGAUUUGGAAUGGGAUGGUUGGAGAGCUGGUGUAUGGGAAAGCAGACAUUGCGGUUGCUCCUCUGACCAUCACCCUGGUCCGUGAGGAGGUGAUCGACUUCUCCAAGCCCUUCAUGUCUCUGGGGAUCUCCAUCAUGAUCAAGAAGCCCCAGAAGUCUAAGCCAGGGGUGUUCUCCUUCCUGGACCCGCUGGCCUAUGAGAUCUGGAUGUGCAUAGUGUUUGCCUACAUUGGUGUUAGCGUGGUCUUGUUCCUGGUCAGCCGAUUUAGCCCGUAUGAGUGGCACAUGGAGGAGUAUGAGGAUGGUCAGCUGCCCACCAGCGAGUCCUCCAAUGAGUUUGGCAUCUUUAACAGUCUGUGGUUCUCUUUAGGAGCCUUCAUGCAGCAAGGUUGCGAUAUUUCCCCAAGAUCUCUAUCAGGUCGUAUAGUGGGGGGAGUGUGGUGGUUCUUCACCCUGAUCAUCAUAUCGUCCUACACGGCCAACCUGGCAGCCUUCCUAACUGUGGAGAGAAUGGUGUCUCCCAUCGAGGGUGCAGAGGACCUGGCCAAACAGACAGAGAUUGCUUAUGGAACUCUGGACUCUGGCUCCACCAAGGAGUUCUUUAGGAGGUCAAAGAUAGCGCUCUUUGACAAGAUGUGGCAGUACAUGAAGUCAGCAGAGCCAUCUCCAUUUGUGAAGAAGACAGCAGAGGGUGUGCUGAGAGUCAGGAAGUCGAAAGGAAAAUAUGCCUACCUGUUGGAGUCCACCAUGAACGAGUACAUCGAACAAAGGAAGCCUUGUGACACCAUGAAGGUGGGAGGGAACCUGGACUCUAAAGGAUACGGCAUUGCCACGCCCAAAGGAUCCCCAUUAAGAGUGCCAGUAAACCUAGCGGUAUUGAAGCUCAGUGAACAAGGCGUCUUAGACAAGCUGAAAAACAAAUGGUGGUACGAUAAGGGAGAGUGUGGAACCAAGGACUCUGGAAGUAAGGAGAAGACCAGUGCUUUGAGCCUGAGUAACGUAGCGGGUGUCUUCUACAUCCUGGUUGGGGGCCUGGGUCUGGCCAUGAUGGUGGCGCUGGUCGAAUUCUGCUACAAGUCCCGGGCCGAGGCCAAGAAAAUGAAGAUGACCUUUACUGACGCCCUGCGGAGUAAGGCCAGGCUGUCCAUCACAGGAUCGUCCGGGGAAAAUGGACGUGUCCUGACUCCCGACUUCUCACAUCCUCCUGACUUUCCUCGCCUCCCCUACCUCCGCCCUGGACUUCCCAUGAGCCUCAGCAUGACAGACCUCUCCUGACCACGCCCUCACAGUGCCUUACAGCCAAUCAGAUCACAGAGAGCCACCCUCCAACUCCAUGUCAGUCAAUCACAUUUCUCAGAAAACUGCACUUCCUCCAUGCCCCCUCUCUGAUUGGGCAGGGAGCUACAUGCUGGUGAUGUCAUCGCUUUUCCCCUCCAAUCAUAUGGCCAGGCUUUAUGUUGAGACCAACCACAUAAAAAUCAGACCGACCAACCAUGGCACAAUGAUCCGUUUCCCUAGCAACUAGCUCUGAUUCAAGCACACGAGUUCAGCUGCAUCAAGACAGGGUUUUAUAAGUUGAUCAACUUCACAGGGCAACAAUUCAUAUUUUAUAAAUAUUUUGAGAAACAAAUAAAAGCUUAGAGUGAAUCUAUAUGAUUGCCUGUAUACUCCAACAGCACUACCCCUCUGUAUAUAUGACUAGUUAUAUUAAUGAUAAUAAUAAUACUUAUUUUAAUUAUAUUAUUAAUAAUGACUAUAUUAAUUAUAUUAAUGCUUGCUCUGACCCCUAACCUCUGUUUUCAGUAGAAAUAGUUUGACCUUUGAUCCUUAAACCCUGUUUUCACUAGAGACACAGUAGGACCAUGAUACACCUAAUGGCACCGAGGCCAAAUAGAUUUUGACACACUGGGUUAGGGUCAGACUUUAAACUAUAUAUUAGAUGCUCCAGUAUGUACAUUAAGACUUUGCUCUUUCAGAGAACAGUGCCAUAACAGAGUGCCAAACGGACUUACCAAUAAGAUGGUUCAGCCAAAACGACUUGAACCAAUGACACGGUCAAUCCAAAACAACUUGAACCAAUGACAUGGUCAAGCCAAAACGACUUAAACCUAUGACGAUCCAGCCAAAAGGACUUGAACCAAUGAUGUGUUCCAGCCAAAACGACUUGAACCAACGACAUGGUCAAGCUAAAAUGAAUUGAACCAAUGACAUGGUCCAGCCAAAAGGACUUGAACUAAGGAAAUGGUCCAGCAAAAAGGACUUGAACUAAGGAAAUGGUCCAGCAAAAAGGACUUGAAGUUAUUACAUGAGCCAACCAAAAGGAGUUGAACCAUUCACAUGGUUUAGCCAAACGGAUGUAAACUAAUGACUUGGUUCAACCAAAAGGAUGUGAAGUAAUGAAAUGCUCCAGCCAAAAGGAUGUGAACCAAUAACCUGUCCAACAGUGACUUCUUCCUAAACUCCUGAAUUCUUUACCACUGACCCGCCAUGAAGAUGACUAUGAUGUUGGCAAUGACGAUGAUGGUGAAGAUGAUUAUAACUGGCAAAGAUGGUGAUGAUAAUGGAAAUAGUUGUGGUGAUUGUUAUGGUAAUGAUAAUUAUUAUGACAACCAUAAUGAUGGUGAUUUGUUUUUAUUGACUGUGAAAAUUAGUCAGUCUUGCAAGCAACCAGUCAGCCAACCAGAUAGUCAGCCAGUCAGCUAACCAGACAGUAAGCCAGUCAGCCAACCAGACAGUAAGACAGUCAGACAACCAGCCAGUCAGCCAACCAGACAGUAAGCCAGUAAGCAUGCCCCACAGAGGAACAACGUCCUUCCCAAUAAAAAAGUUUUAUGUCUGAGGUAAAUAUUACAGAUUGAUUGAAUAUUGAAUAUAUUUGUUAAUAUAUUGAAAAAUGUACUGAUCACUUUUAUAUCUACCUGUUUUAUCACUGGUUUUGCACUUAUCAACCAAUAGUUUUGUCCAUAUCAACCAAUGUUGUUGCUCCUAGUUACCACUGGUAUUACUUCUAGCAACCGCUGGGUAAAUGCACGGGGUUAACAUCGGGUGUAGUGUGUGUGCUCCUGUGUGGGUGAAUCUCAUGAAGCCAGAUGUAAGAUGUCUUUAGCUAAUUGUUAGAAAACCAACUACUGUAUCAUUCUGAUGACUCUUGUGAAGAUGUCUCAUUUUUGGGAAAGUUUCUUAAUUUAAAUAAUUUUCAUGUAGAUUUUGUAAAAUACAAAUUCUCAUCACUGAAAUGCUUCCAAUUUACAUCAACUGGUCAUUUUAUAAAAUGUUACUUCAGAAAAUCAUUACAUAAACGCAAAGUAUGUUUUUCCAUAAAUCAUAACACUUAUUUAUUAGUUCAGGUUUACAUUAAACUGUAAUAUGUAUUACCAACAAGCACUACAGCUGUGGAUGUCUCAUUACCAUAAAACGUAUUCAACUUCCUGUAAAAACACGAUGCAUCAUCCAGAGGAUGAGUUCACUCAUGAUGCAUCAUCCAGAGGAUGAGUUCACCCAUGAUGCAUCACCCAGAGGGUCUUAUUGCCGCUGCCGCAUUUGAGUAUUGUUGCCUCCAUGACGCUGAUCCAUUGUAGCUAUCAAGUUAGGACUGUUAGCUUCUAUCCUUGGGUUGUCGCUCAGACGGUGGCUACCUUUAUAUCAAUGUGACAGCCACUUACUAGCCGUUCAACAUAAACGCGUGCAUGCACAGACACAACCAGUUACUCUGCUCUUACCUCACUAGCUAGUUUGAUACUCUGACCGUGCAGGAUUGGACGUUGUUGCUCUGCUCUGAUGCUCGUGCGAUGGUACACUGCGCAAUUCAUUAAAUCCUUUCAUGCUCUGCUCUUUCAUUUAUUUCUGCCCGCGGGCUGUCUCUGGACAUUUUAUUUUGCUUCUUCAGUGUUGGAGUUAGCUGUUGUUGUGGUUCUGCACUGCUAGCAUUAUCAUACUCCUUGAACUCUGCGCUGUAGUGUCUAACGAUAUUUUAUCAAAUUGCUUGUGUUUUUCUUUUCCUACUCCACAAUUUAGCAGAGUAGAGCUUGUACUCUACUUGUGUAAUUGCUGACAUCUCCGUCUUCCCACUCUACCAAUCUGAGUUAUAUAUUCUAUAAUUAUGCAGCCAGAGGAAACUCAACCAUGAGUUUCAGUUCAUGUUUCCAUUACGUGGUAUCGGUUCUUGGUAUUGGCAUAUUUCUGUGAAUACGAGUACAAGAGUCCAGUAUCGGCACAUCCCUAAUCCAGAGGAUGAGUUCACUCAUGAUGCAUCAUCCACAGAAGUUGUUCUCCCAUGAUGGCUCAUCAAGAGGAUACAUUCUGAGAUUAAAUUAAUUAAAUUACAAGACUUUGGAACACCCACUAAAUCCCACCUGAGCCACUCUUUAGGAAACAACUUUUUUUAUUUUUACAGUAAAAUUAAAGGCGUGAUUUAUGUUUAUGGGAAAGCAGACACUAAAUGCUGUUAGGCUGUUAGUAAGUAGUGUUACGCUUUUUAACAGACACUAAAGAAUGUUGUUGGGCUGUUGAAUACACAGUAGAGGGUGCUGUAAAAAUGUUAUACAAUAGAUGGUGGUGUUUCUCAACCCUGCUCCUGGAAUACCUUGUCCUGCAUGUUUCGGAUCUCUCCCUGGUCUGUCAAACCUGAUUCAAAUGAUCAGCUCAUUAUCAAGUAAUUGAUGGCCAUACGAGGCUUGCGAUACUGGCAUGUGUAAUUUCCAAAUCACCUGAGAAGUGCUUCACGUGAGGCAACGGGCACCGAUCGUACGCCCAGAAUAGUUUUUAAUGCAGGUUCUGUAGGUUUUUUGGAGAUUACUUAAAAUACCUGGAAAUUUUUUUUAAAAUGCUUGAUGGAUUUUCAAUGUUAGUUUAACACACGUAUACUUUAAAUGAGUGGCACCAACAUAUUGUCCCAUCCUCAAUAGCGUGGUUAUUCUAUGUAGGCUAUGAUAUCUGUUUUUAAGUGAGAUUAUCUACACUGUUUAAACCCAUGUUUGAAAAUAUAAAUUCCACCGCAAUUGCAAUCUUUGUCAAAGAAAACACUAUUCAAUAUUUUUAAAUUAUGCAGCCCUAUUUACACAUAACAAAAUAAAAAAACUGUACAUGUAAAACCUACAUCUAAAUUAUAUAAAACAAUAUGAUUUAGAAUACAUUAGCAUAGCUAAAUAGUAUUAUUCAACCCAAAUCCAAACUAAACAAUCUGUAAUGUUUUUGACCAUGUCAAAACACAUUACAAGUAUUAUCCAACAGUAUCUCUGUUGUUUAAGCUAGACACCAAAACAACUUUGUUUCACAUGUUAAU